AUCUGCACCCUGACCGAGCUCUAUGAGGGCUCCAUCAUCCGCGCCACGCGCCGCCUGGACGAGCUGCUGACUCAGCUGGCCGACGCCGCGGCAGAGGUGGGGGACGGCCGCCUCAAGGCGCUCUUCCUGGAGGCCCAGGCCAGCAUACGGAGAGACAUCGUGUUCGCCGCCUCACUCUACCUCUGA